UCAUACUGUGUUUUUACUGCGUCUUGAUCAUUGAAGUGCCGCCUUCACCGCCGUUUACCGCGUCGCGGCCCUUACUUUACCGUCUUUAAUGUAUCGUUACCGUACACCGAACGUUUGCAAACGAACCAGGUCUUUGCUGCAUUUUGUGUAUGGUAUGCGCGUGUAAACAGUGCCACGCGCGCCCAGCCCACAGGCACAGCACCGCCGGAAGGAGGAGAAGCCUCCAGUUACUGUGGAUAACAGAGUCACUCACUGCCGCCGCCGCCGACAGCCUUUCACUUUCAGUGAAAUAAAAAUGAACCGCGUCGAGGCGACCGGACAGGAAAGUGAGUCCUGCGCUGGACCGGGGCAAUAAGCCCUUGGCUUGGGGCGCUUUACCAUGUUGUCUGGGAUGCUAGAGCGGGAAUGUUGUCCAAUUCCAGGGAUGGGACAAGAAUGACCAGAGGUGAAGGAUAUCGUCAAGCAAUUCCGAAAUGAAAAGCACCUUAAGAGUUGUAAAAACAUGGUUUGUUGCGGUGGCAUUUGUAGUUCUGAUCAUCGUCUUCUGGUAUUGCUCUUUUCUGUUCAGCAGAUUAGGCUUGAGGGCUCCUGCCCUCAAUCACAGUCUAUGCCACAGCUCCUGGGAGUGGGAGAGUCUCAACUUCAACGUGAGCAGAAGAACAAAGCUCUUCCUGACACUGAAAGAUUUCUUCUGGCAUAAGAAUACGGUCAAUUUGAAAUUGCCGUACGGGAUUACGGACAGCGAGGUAACCCUGCAGAAGACACUGGCCGGCCUGACCGAUUAUGACAUGCUGGAGAGCACGGAGAGCUUGAGCUGCCGAAGGUGCGUGGUUGUCGGGAACGGGCAUUCCCUCAAGAACAGCUCCCUAGGGAGCGUUAUCAACCAGUACGAUGUGGUCAUCAGGCUCAACAACGCCCCCACACGCGGGUACGAAGAGGACGUGGGUAACAAGACCACCAUGCGCUUCUUCUACCCGGAGUCGGCCUCCCACAACCCUGGUACCCACAAUCAGCCGGACACCCUCAUGGUGCUAGUGCCCUUCAAACAUCCAGACCUGUUGUGGCUUAAGUGGAUCCUGUACAAUGAGAAGAGGGUGAAACAUGGCUUUUGGAGACCUCCUCCGUUGAUAUGGAUGGGCAAGACCAGUCAGCUGCGCGUUCUGGACCCUUUCUUCAUGUACAUGACGGCUAGCCGCCUACUUAAUAUUCCCACUUCCGUGGACCCCAGCAUAAAAAAGGUUGUGAAUUAUGUCCACCCCACCACUGGAAUUCUGGCUGUUUACGUGGCUUUGAACUACUGCAAUGUGGUCCACCUGGCGGGAUUCGGGUACCCAAGAGCGGAUGAGCGCGAGCAGCUGAUCCACUAUUAUGGAGAUGACACGAUGAUGUCCAUGAUGGCUUCUAUCCACAACAUCUCAAAAGAGGCCCAGGCUCUCAAAAGUUUGGAGGACUCUGGUGCCAUUCUCCAUCUCCGUCCCCUUUCGGGAUGAGGCCCCGCCCACCUUGCGCUUUCCAUCCACGCAUUGCUUUGAAUACCCCUCAAUGGGUAUUUCAGCAUAGCCGUGCUGAGCCGGAACAUUCUGUACCAGACCUUCAUUACUUCAGUUCCCCUUUUAAAGCCAUGGUACAUCUAAGUAGCUGCUGGGCUAUUUUGAUAAUUUAUUGUUUAUUUAUAUAUUUAUUUCUGUUACUUUUAGUGUUACAUUUCUGGUCUGCCAGGCAGGUAGUAUAGUAUUGAAGGAGUAGGAAGUGUUACCUGCUGGUUACUAAUUUAAGCCCUACUGCUGCUGUACUACCCUUGGGCAAAAUACACACACACACACACACACACA